UAUGAAACAUGAUGCAUAUUGUUAUCAUUCCUUCAUUAGUUUUCUGAAUUCAUAAUGGGACAUUAUUUGAUUUGAUUGACCAAGUACUUGUUAAAUAAAGAUAACAUAAAAGUAAUGUUUUUCCCAGUCUAAAGAUUAAGACACUACUGAAAUUCCCAGGGAUAUAAACUAGUUAUUUUUAUUUAGGGGCCCAUGCUGUCAAAAAUAAAUGUUUUACAUUAGGUAUAUCACUAUAUGGGCAUUUUCUCCAACAAUUUAGGGGUCCAGCCCAAAAUCUAGGGGGCAUGGGCUACUGGGCCCCUGCUAAUUUAUAUCCCUGAAUUCCCAGAACCAAGGAAAUGGGUCCUUUACCCAAAAUACUGAAAAAAGGCCUGUGAUAUAUCAUAUAUAACAUUUAACAGAAAGGUCUUCAUAUACUUCAAACAGUUAUAUUUCUCAGAAAUUCUGUGUAUUACAGACAAAUAGGCUGUUUAGUGUUAAUGUCAUUGAUUGUUUUCUUCACCUUGUUAUUAAAGAAAGAUAAUUUUUUAAAAUAGGACCUAACAGUUUUUUAAAUCUAUUGACGACCAUUUGUUGUGUAUGGUCACUUUAGUUCUUGACCUUUCAUCAUGACAAUGAUAGGUUUUUUUCAGGCUGAAACUUGAUGAAAGUAGUUGUUUAUGCAUGUUCUAAACUGUAUAUUAUCCUGUUUAUUGAGAUAUUCAUGAAGUCUUUGUAUCAAUAUUGGGGAUUAUUGUAAAGGUGUAACAAAUUAUGAUCUAUAGUCUAGGCAUAAUACUUCUCUUUUUUUUGAAAUCUCAAAAUUGAUAAAUUCAUAUCCACAAUUUCACCAUUUUAAUCAUUAAUUUUUUUUAUGAAUAUGAUAUUGUUCAUUGUUCUACCUCAUACACAUUCACUCACUGUCACACACUUCUUGUUUUGUACUUAAUAUAUAUAUAUAUAUAUAUAGCAAUAUCUACACUUCAGUAUUUCUCUAUGAUCAGGGCACUUGUUUGGCCAUUUUUUGGGCCAAAUAUGCGCCCCAUUCCCCUCAUAAAAUAAUAUGUUUUUCCCCUGAUAAUAGGUUGUUUGACACAACUAGAUAUGAACUCUCUUUCAAGUUAUAUUAUAGUUCCUCUAAGUAAGGUUACUGCUGCAAUAUACAAAUGUAGUUACAUUAGUUAGAAAUGAUGGAAAACAGUAUUAAUAAGUGUGAGAAAUAGUAACAUAUAAAUGGCUAAACGCUUCCCCUUUUUGUUCUAAAACGACGAAAAAUUCCCCUUCCUGAGGGUAUGGGUACCUGUCCCCAAAAGUUGUAUAGUGCCCUGCAGUAUGAUACUGUCAGAACUUUGUUUAUUUCUUAGUAUUCUUAAUUCCAAAAAGCUGUAGGUUUAUUUUUAGCAAUAUUAAGAUGUUUUGUAGAAUUUUGUUUGUCUCGAAGAGCUCUAUCAGUUCAUUGUAUUUGCAUUUUUUAUAGAACUAAUUAGUACAAGAAAAAGCAAUUCCAAAAAGCCAUAAAUCUGUUUAACCACUUUAAACUUGUUUUUUCUCAGAAUGCCAAAAAUGGAAUUAGAUCAACAAUAUUUUACUCUCAAGAUUAUUUUUUAAUUAAAUACCAUACAUCAGAUUAUGAAGAGGACAUUUCAAAGUAAAAAAUUGAAAAGUUGUAAAAUGUUCCAUUGUUUUCCUCUUGAUAACUUGCUAUAUCUGUUUCAAUCUUUCUACCUUUCUCAACCAAACCAAGUCUGCUAUUAUUCUUCUUGGUUGCAUUCUUUGCUUCCAAAGGAUCGUUUUACAGAUUUCAUUAAUAUUCUGUUUUGGAUAAGUUUUACAGUUAGAUUUAGAAACAGAAUUACAACAUGACAUACAGAAAAAACAACUGUAUGCGAUUCAAAACAAUAUUCUUGAGGCCUAAAAAAAUUCUUUGUUUCCGGUAACAUGCUAAAAAAAAUUAGGGUAGGUAGGUCGGAAAUUUUUUUUUUUGAAUUUUUUUAUAAAGGGAGACUUUUUGGAAAUUAUUUUUUUGUCAAAAAAUGAUUACAAAUAAGGGGGUUAUGCCUUUAGAGCAUCAGUAAGUUGAUUUCUAACAUCACUGGCCAUGUUUAAAGCACAAAAGGUGCAGUUUUGCAUGUUUUUGUUAAAAAGUUGAAAAAAAUAUUCUCCAUGGUCAUUAAGACAUUUAGGGUCGGGCCAAAAAAUUAGGGUAGGUCGGGAUACCGGAAACAAACAAUUUUUUUUUACGCCUGAUUAAUUAAUACUGGUGAUGUGAAAUCUGAGUUUGACAAGAUGACUCAGGUCUGAGGCAAAAGAUGUUUCCAGUUAUUGGGAAAGUAGACACUUGUCACAGAAAGAAUGCUUUUGUUGUCAUUGUUUAUCAAGGAAAAGACUUCUGUAUAAAUCUAAAAUCACUUAGAAACUUCAAAAUGUAAAUUAGUUGAACUGACAGCCGACUAUGUCAAUUCUGUAAGACUGUGUGUAUUUAAACCCUGGCCCUAUUGAACAAUUCAUGCUCAGCCUAUAUUUGGAUGAUCUUCUAUUAUGCAAGAUAAAGAAACACAACGGUUCAACUUUUUAAUACACGUAGAUCUAAAAACUUUAAACUAUAGAGCCAUUCUUGUGUACAGAGGUGUAACGGUGCUACUUAAAUGGUUUGAAAAUAUUUUCCAAUACGCAUUACAGAAUCGGUUUAGUUUGUUGAUAGUAUAUUGGCACUGCGUCAGAAAGAUUGACUGUUUACAAAGACUUUUAUGGCUACAUCGUAAUCAUUGGAAAAUGUCAUUGAAAGCCCAGACAACAAAAUUAAUGAACAUUUAAGAUAUAUAUUUUAUGGCGAUUUAGUCUAAAAUUUUCAGUCAGGAUUAAUUGUUGAGAAAUGUUAUGAUAUAGAUCUACAGCCAUUAUUUUGUUUGCAACCUCAAUAAGAUUUAUUGACAUUUGAGAAAUUUUAUUACCCUAUUAUUGAUAUAAUUUAAGUUUUAUAGCUUUACAUACAGAAAAAGUCCUAUGCAGACAUUGUGUCCUGUAUCUAGACCCUGAAAUUGAAUAGAAUCAUACUAUAUUAUUAAUUUAAAAGUAAAUUCAGAAAGCUGGUCUUACAGGAGAAAGUUUUCUCAGGCAUUGCAAAUGUAACUGUAACAUAUGCCCUGAUAACAGCCUGUUACCUUAGGGGAGGCUGUUUCUAUAUUUCUUGGGCCACUUUUAAAGAAGUUUUUGUUUGCUGUCUCCCAACCCUACUUUUUAAAGUUGGGUAGGUAGGUAGGCAAUUCUUUUUUUUUUUGAUUUGGUGGUGGGGAUUAUACUUUUUUUGGUGGGGGAUUAUACUUUUACUAGUAGCCCGCCUGUCCGCUUAGCUCAAUAGGGAGAGCAUUGGUCUGUGGAUUGCGGGGUCGCGAGUUUGAUCCCCGGGCGGGGUGUAUAAUGUUCUCCGUGACGAUUUGAUAAAAGACAUUGUGUCUGAAAUUAUUCGUCCUCCACCUAUGAUAAUUCAUGUGGGGAAGUUGGCAGUUACUUGCGAGAAACAGGUUUGUACUGGUACAGAAACCAGGAACACUGGUUUAGGUUAACUGCCCGCCGUUACAUGACUGAAAUAUUGAUGAAAAAUGGUGUUAAACCCAAACAAACAAACAAACUUUUACUAGUUCCUUACAGAAUAUUUCUUCUGUAAUGAUAAGAUAAAUAAGUGUAUGUCAUAUAAAAGGAUGAAAUGAAAUAAUACAAUUUAAACUUUCUUACUUAUUAUUUUGCUUACUUGAAACGUAUGUGGCACUAAGUCUUGUCAUAUCGCAACUUAAAAAAAUUGACCAGCAUUGUCCAGUAAAAACUUUUGGGGCGCAUCAUUUUAAAUGGGUAGGUAAGCAGAUAGCAAACAAACAUAUUUUUAAUUUUGACCUUGUCAGAUCAAUAAAACAUUUAUAUGUCACAUGUUACAGAAAUAGCUUGAGUAAUGUUCAGUGUUACUGCGGAAAGUUAAUGAUUUUUUGAUAUUUUCAAAAUACAAAAAAACUUGUACAAUACUGUCUUGUUGUAUUUCCCUUCUUAUAAUAAAGCCACAUUUCUUUUCAAAAGAUGUAACAACUUAUAGAGUUGUAUGAUUUCCGAACUGUGAAAGAUAAUGCAGACAGUUUCAUUUGAAUAAUCCUGUGUGACUCAUUGUUGCAUCUGUAUUUUUGUCAUGCAUUGCUGAAUUUGACACUGUCAGUGCUUUUACAUUGCAAGUGUAAGGCCAAGGUUGUGAAAGCAGGUUUAAAAAAGAGUCACCUUUGCUUCCAAUGUCAUUAAGCACAUUAUGGGUAUAAUCAAGUUCACAGCCAUUGAUGACUUUCUUUGCCCAAACAUGUGAUACCUGUGAUGCUUUUGUAUAUUUUUUGACAAUGCAUUUCUUUAUUAUGAACUUACUGAACCUUUUUCCAUAGAUAUUUCUCCACAGAAACGGAUCAAUACGGCCGGACGCAAGUUGAGAAUGAAAGUGAAUAGAAUUCUUCCUAUCAAUAUGUUUUCAAUCAGUAACUCAGAUUCUCUUCAUCUAUAGAAAUUGAUAUAAAAUAUGAUUUAUAUCAAUGGAGCGGGAACUGAUUUGUAUGCACAAAGACACGCCAUCUUCUUUUUAACAUAGUCAGAUAUGCGUUUAAUUUAAUCAAGACUGAAUGUAUAUUUUGAUAGAAAAAGCUUUCCUUUUGCAAUAGGUAGUGAACAAAUACAUAAUAUAUAGUUAUUGAUACGUAAUUGGAAGGCUUUCUGUUUGAUCAAAUAGUGUGCGAGGAUUAGAAUAUUCUUUCAUUUUUUUUUUCAUUUUAAGAAGAUAGGAUAUUUUGAUCCACUUCAUACACAGUCUUACUCUUGCAUUUAUGUGAGCAUAAAAGGAAUACUUGUGUCUAAUUUCAAAAGAUUCGAGUGUUUGAACCAAUAAUUGAGUGUUGAGGGUUUUUUUUUUCUUGAAGAGGAAUAGUGACAGUAUUGUCUCAAAAAAUGUUAGAUUGAAGAAGUUUUUAUAGGUGGAAGGGUAGUGCAGACAUGGGAUUUCUUGAAAAUUGGAGCGAAAUUUUAGCUGGUAUCGAACCAUGUCCCGAUACUUCUGAAGGUCCACCGAAACCUCGGCAGACAUGGUCGAAUAGCGAUGACAGUCAUGACAUCUACAACAAGAAACCAAUCAUUAAACGUCGCACACAUCCAGUUGUAUCACAGUCACCAGAUGAUACACAACAAGAAACCUCAUACAAACAGAUCCAUCUCACAAAGUUGAGGAAGACCCAGUCCUUGAAAUCUACAAACUUCCGUGGCCUUGACCUUGCAAAUCAGAAUGAUAAAGACGACAUUUUGCCACUUCCAAGCUGUCUGGAGCCAAUUCCCAGCAGUUUGCUGGAGCUGGAGCCUGGUCCCAGCAUUCAGCAACUGCUGGAGCCAAUACCCAGCAUUCCAACCGAGUCUGACUGGGACGAUCCGCCGACUCCCGUCCCGCCAAGUGACGAAAAUAGAAGAGCAAAAGACGACGAAUCACCUUUUCCAUCAAAAGCAACAUUAGCUCGGUCAGCAACACGUCGACCAACUAAGAAAGUGCCACCAAUAUCUAGCACCGACAAACACACCAGCCGUGAUGAUGAUGCAGACAGUGCAUACGCUACUUCCUUGGGGAGUACGUUGGAGGCGGAGUCUCAUAUUGAGAUGAUGUCGUCAUUGAAGGGUAUCAGACAACAAGAGAAGAUGAUGAACUCGCUAAUGAGUAUCAGAAGUAGCGCAUCUAAGAAGAAAGAGAAGAUAAUUGAGAAGCAAAGCUCGUCGACAUUAACCUCACGAUCGCCGUCACCCGAUUCAUUGAAGGAAAGUGGUGUCUGGAGUGAUUCUGACUUUGGCAGUAAAAAGAAAAAUAAAAAUCCAUUCGAGUCACGUCCAAAAAUUCCGAGAGAGUCACCAUUUGAAUCGAAACCAAAGUUAGCAAGAACAAGUUCAUAUAACAAUAAGAAAAAUGGUGAAAAUAGUGAUGACAUGGUGUUUGUGGAUUAUAAUCCGACAAGUGGUGUAACAUUUCGAGAAAAUAAAAAUUCCGAUGUUCAAGUUGUUGGUAAAGGAUAUAAUGACGACGGAACUUCUUUAGAUUCUCGACCACUGAACGGAAUUAAUAAAAAAGCAAAUGAUAAACGAAGAGUCACAAAAGGCUCAGUUCUCUCACCACUAGGUGUCGCCUCUAUGCACAGCUAUGGUUCCCUGGAUUCAGAGGAAGAAAGCAAACAUACUUCACCUAGUCCAGAAGGAAUAGGUGUUGUGGGAAUUGGUAUGUUUGAAAAUAUAAACGGUUCAGAGCAUGCAAUAAACGCUGGAAAUUCACAGUCAAACGAUCGUAAUAAUCGUCAGCCAAUGAAGCAGGACAGGAAAGAUUUCACAAGUGGGGUUGUAGGAGUAGGGGUCAGCAAACAAGGGUCAUUUGAGGACCCUAGCAUGGACAUUUUAGAUGAUGUUGAUGAUGAUCCGAAUAAUCUUCGUAUGAGCCAAAAACUCAGUGAUACAAUCGCCAAGAGGAAAAAACAACUCGAAGAGGAAGCAGAACGCGAACGUGUGGAUAGAGAGAAGAAAAAACAAGAACAUGAUGAAAAAUUGAAGAAAGAACGUGAGCGGCAACAGGAGAAGCUCCGACGACUGAACACGAGCGAAAGUUUAGGUAUUGAGUCUUUAUCAAUAUCGGGUGCUGGUUCUGGUUCUGGGUCGCAAUCGGGUACCAAUACUCCGAAAACCCGAGCAUCACCAUCCCUUACACCGAGGAAGAAAAGUAAACCGCAAAUGGAUGCGACAGACUCUAGUCAUCCCCUGUCUGCCUCAUCGCGUACACCCCUGGAGUCGGACAACCCGGAAGAUUGGAAACCAUACAAGGAUCCGGAGUUGGCAUUACGGCAAGCACAGAAAAAUAUUGCUCAAGAUGAUUGGGAGACAAAAUGUGGCGGAAUCAACAGUAUUCGUCGUCUGUCGGUUUAUCACAAGGAUGUAUUAAUAUCUAACCUUCAUCCAGUCAUUGUAGCACUUCUUGGUGAAGUUAAGAAUCUAAGAUCUCAGGUGUCAAGACUCGCCAUUGUUUGUGUGGGAGAUCUGUUUGGUAGCCUUACAAAACAGAUGGACACGGAUCUUGAUAUGGUCGUCAGAGGUUUGCUGGCAAAGAAUGGCGAGAGUAACGGAUUUAUCCGUGAAGAUUCAGAACGAGCAUUGCAAGCCAUGGUAGAUGGAGUCACGCCACAAAGAGCUCUUGUUGCUCUUAUUGCCGGUGGUGCUACACAUAAAAAUAUACAAGUGAGAAGGACGACGGCUCAUUUCCUGGUUAUUAUUGUGCAGCGGUUAGGACCAGGACGUAUUUUGUCAGGAAUUAAGGAUGUGACUGAUCGUAUAAUUCCGGCUGUAGCACAGUUCUCAAUGGAUAGCUCACAGGAAACUAGAUACUAUGGUCGUAAGAUAUUGUAUACAUUGAUGACCCAUCAAGACUUUGACAAGAUGCUUGCGAAACAUUUACCAAAUAAUACUCUCAGAAGUGUGAAGGAAAUUGUCGAGUCGCUGAAAAUCAAGGGUAUCGGCGAUGGUCCAAAUGAGACAUCCUCAGCACGUGGAUGGAGGUCUGGUCACGGGAGUAGAUCAAGCUCAGUGAUACGUGGUAACUCGGCUAAUAGCGAAACACCAAAGCGUCGUAGUAAUGCGCGUACAGAUGAUGCAACCAUGGAAGAGAUCAAGGAAGUGACAGCAAUGAUGUCUGCCAGUGAUUGGAGAGACAGAUAUAAGGGAAUAACCACCCUGCUUGAGAUGUGUGAGAUGAAUGCCAACCUGGUAGCCAACAAUGUAAUUAAGAUAUUUGACAAGUUCUUGCCGAGAUUACAGGAUCCAAACAGUAAGGUGAACUUGUACGCUCUUCAAGUGAUGCUGCAGAUAAUACCCAUAUUGAACAACUCUCUCAGUUCCGUUAUCAAUAUGGCAGUCGGCAAUGUGUCUCCAAACCUUUCGUCCAAAAACAAGGAAAUUAACCAAGCUGCAGUUGACAUAAUAGAAGCUUUACUAGAAAAUUUAGAUGGGUCCGUGCUAAUCCAGCCAAUGGCAAAUCAGGCCCAGUCAGCUAGUGCUCGCAGUAAACCACAUCUUGUUGAAGUUGUCGCUGAAUUGGUGAAUCGAGUGUACCCAAAGAAAACAAAGCAGGUCAUUUUGCACGUCUUGCCACUGUUGUGGCAUCUCCUGGGGGCCACUAACAGUAGUGGGGCCAUCCAAGGGGGCAGCUCAAGUAUUAGAACAGCCACAGGCAAACUAGUAAACUCCCUUUAUCAACAUAUGGGAUCGCAGUUGAUCGAGAGGGCAUCCUCGGAUCCUAAUGUAACCCCACGACAUAUUCAGUUACUACAAGAGUUGAUUGAGUACUCCUGAGACGAUUCAAUGGACAGGUUAAAAAUGCCUGGAAAAAAACAUAAAGAGUUAAGACUCUGAGUGAAUAUAGCCUUGGUUAUCCGAUGAUAUACUGUGGUAAUACAAUUGGAAAGAAUGAACAUUUUCGUUUAAAUGUGUACAGAAAAUUGUUUGUGUAGGCCAUGCAACAAUGUGCUGAUUAUGACAGCAACAUCACUCGAACUUGGUAUUUAGAUAGCUUGAAUCGAUAGCAAACAUUUAAAGGAAAAACUUGUGAUAAGUUGGAGAGAUUUAUUUUGUAUUUGAAGCAGAAAAGUUUUGGGCCAGUGAGCUAAUCUGAAUAUUUUACUCAGUUUUGCUUGCAAAAUGUUACUGAAUAAUUAAAUUACGUGAAAUAUAUGUUUUACGUGAUUUUGGAUAUCAAGAGAGGAUGCAUUCCAUGUUGUUUGGGGAAGAUACGAUAUAAGAAUUCCUUUUGUUGGUAAAGUGGAUGUGAUAUCUGACGUUCUUUGUGUUGGAGAUAGUGAAAAAAAUGGAUCACUUGGAAUAGAAUAGAAUGGAACGGAUCUUCAGUCUGAUGUUGAAAAAACUAUUUUGCACUGCAUGUGUUACCUUAAUAAGAUAUUUAUUUAAAUAAAAUCAUGUAUUUUUGUAGAUAUUGUGUAUUAUUUAAAGCUUGUUAGAGAUGUUUAUAUUGAUAGAUAUUGACUGCUACCACUUUUCACCUAUUGUAAUGUUAUUGAAGUUGAAGAUACAGGUUUUUUUUUUUUUAAAGAAUAAGGUCACAGAUAAAUUCAAAAGGUAUUUUUACAUGAAUGUAAAAUGUAACAUUUGACUUAACUCAUUGCCACAUUAUAUUUCACCAUUUGACAAGUUAAUCGGGACUAUUUCAGUUUGAAGUAUUUAUUAUUUAUAAGAUGAUCAUCGGAAUGAGCAUAAUGAAAGAUUGGUCAGGGAUUGCGGCAGGCACUUUACUUAGAAAAACAUUUGAUAAAUUAUUUUUGUUUUACAUUUCAUUGUUUUUAUCAAUCAGAGUAGGUAGAUUAUUUAGAAAAAAAUUAUUAGUUAAACUUAGUGGAAUAAACAAAUUAUAUAAUCGUAUGAAGUGCUGACCGCAGUCAGUAUAAUGAGUUCUGUAUUUUCUUUCAUUUGCUUCGGUUCUAUUCACCCUAAACUACAGUUGAACCUGUUUUAGCAGUCACCUGUAUUAAGCCACCAGACAACAAAUUUUCAAAAUUGGCUUUUGUUCAAUUUUCCACCUGCUGUAAACAGCCUAAUUUGGUCUCCCUGACUGGCUAAUACAGGUUUUAUGGUAUACUGUAUGUUGAAAUUCGCAUGCUUUGAAACUUUGGACGAACAAUAGCGUAACCUGCAAAGUGAUGGAAUUUGUUUUCGGCAAGAAGACCAAGUUUAAGUUUUGUUUAAGACAUGGGUGCAGUUAAAACUUAUGUGAUUUAAUUUUAUGUGCUUUGUUUUAAAUAUUUGUUUUUGCAAUUCAGCCACAAGUUUGGUUAUUUAUUUUUGAAUCAUUCUUAAUUAUAUUUGCAUAGUUCUAUUUAUGUUUAUUUUGCAAGUGCUCCUGUAAAUGUAUAGGGUUAUGUUUUAUCUGAUUCAUUUUAAUGUAUUCAUUCAAGAAAGAAUGCUGUUAAAUGCUUUAUUAAUAUUUUAGUCACAAGCUUUUACGGAAGCUAGGGAUUGUUUACAAUUUAGCUGUGAUAAAUUCAUGAACGCACAUAGCCAGUCAGUACGUUUAACAAAGGUUUGUAUUUUAUUAUGUUUUAUACAAGAAUUUUUGGUUUGAAUGAAUAUUUUUUUUUUUGUAUAUAAACAUGUCCUUUAAAUGUGCCAGUUAAUAUAGGCAUUGUCAAGAAAACUAGUAUAAGGAAAGAAUUCUGACAGUAACUGUUAAAAGAAAAAACAACUUUAUUGAUUAAGUGGAAUAAAUUUCAGAAUGCAACUGCUAUUAAUACAAAACAAAAUUUGAUAAUAAAAUUUUAUUUACAUGUUUAUUUCAAAGUGCUUACAUGGCGACUGAGAAAAUUCAGUAAUUGAGUAGGGAAACAUAUUUGUAUCAAUUUUAUGAUAUUUUUCAUAGUGUAAAUUUUAGAACAUUUUUUUCAACAUGGUUAUACCAUCGUAGGUUUUAAGUCUUUAGUAAAUUCAAGAGGAUCCUGGUGUUUGUUUUCACUGCGUAUUGUGUUGUGUAACUUUACACAGUGUGAAGAGUUGUAUAUACUGGGUAAAGAGUUGUUUAUACUAUAAAAAGAAUUGCAUACACAGAGUAUAGUGUUGUUUAUACCACAAAUAGUUGUAUAUACUGUGUAUAGAGUUGUAUACAUUGUGUGCAAGGCUGUUUACAUUGUGUUUAGAGUUGUUUACACCAUUUAUAGAGUUGAUGACACCAUGUUUAGGGUUGUUUACACUGUGUAUAGAGUUGUUUACACUGUGUAUGGAGUUGUAUACACUGUAUAGAGUUGUUUACACUGUGUAUGUAGCUGUAUACGCUGUAUAGAGUUGUUUCCACUGUGUAUGGAGUUGUAUACACUGUAUAGAGUUGUUUACACUGUGCAGGGAGUUGUAUACACUUUAUAGAGUUGUUUACACUAUGUAUAGAGUUGUAUACACAGUAGAGUUGUUUACGCUGUGUAUGGAGUUGCAUAAUUUUGCAUUUCUAUCAUUGUAUUGUUAUUCCGUCCAGAUUUUAUCUUUACAUUUUGUACAUAUCGAUGUAGCAUGUUUAGAAAAGAUCACAAGCAUACUUUAUUCUCGGCAUUUUAAGCAAAUCAUGGCAUACGAUGUUUAGAAAGAUAGUCAGGAAGUGUGUUAAGAUUCACUACAAAAGAAGUAUGAAGGGGCUGUACUCUGUAAAACCAGAUAAAUGCUGUUCAGGUUGCACCUUGUUUUAAGGGAGCUCUAUAAAAUAAAGACAGAGCUUGAUAUUUACUUUUACCAUAAAAUCAGAAACAUUUGGCAGGGAUUUUUUUUUUUUUGUGAAUUUACAUUUCUGGUUAUUACACGAAAAUUAUUUGUUGAAAAAAUCUUCCGAUUUUAAUUGCUGUUUAGGGAAAAAUUUACAACUUACACAAAGAUUAAUUCUUGUGUAAGCUAUUUCUAAAUUUUGUGCAGUUUUGAUUACAUGAAAAUGUCCUAUUUUACAGUAGUUCUUUAUUCAUAAGAAUGCACAGCAUAUCAACACAGAGUUGUGAUAAUUCCAAGCUGACAGUCUCCAGGGAAUGUGAUAGAUUUGUUUUAUACUUCUGCGAGAUACGUUCACAAAUAAACUUUUUUAACAUGAUAUAAGAUCUUGUUUAUUUUAAUCAUAAAUGUUACUUUGAAGUUAAAGGCUUACAUUUUAAUUGUAGAAAAAUAUGUAAUUUUACUUUUCUAAUGUACUUGCCCUGUCAGCUUACAGAAAACGACAUUUUUGAUAAUACAUAGAUAUGUAAAUCUAAUUGAGAAUAGAAAUGAAAUAGUUUAUUUCUAGUAAGAAAUUAUUAUAUAUUAUAUUUACAAGUUAAAUUUUGAAAGACAUAUCACUGACUUUGUGCCUUGUUGAAGGAGAGAUUGUUUGGGUGUUUCAUUUUACCUCACUUGUGAACACUGUCACAAAAUACAUUUUUAUUUUCACGUUAAGAUAUACAUUUCUGCGGUAAGUUUUACUUGACCGCUAUAAAUUAUUCUCUAUUACUGUGAUUGCAUGCUGCAUUAUAAUAGUCAAGGCCAGGAGGAAAGGGUUGAAUGCAGGGCUUCAAAAUAAGUGCCAAGAAAACGGAUGGCACAGAAAACUUAAAUACAGCUGUUCUGUUAAGCAUUUCCAGGUUUAUUUUCCUCAGUGAGAUUGAUAUAAUUUUAUAUAUUUGAUAGGAUAGUGCCAGUCAGUAUACACCUAAUAGAUGGUUGAAGUUUUUUAAACCAAAUUUUGUUACAAGCAUGAAUUGUUCAAUAUUCGUUUGAAAUUUUUUGCAUCUUUAAACAAGAUCAGAAAGGCAUAUCCUAACAAAGACAUUAGUUUUCCAUCCUGUUCAGAAGCCUUUUAUAUGUUGAAAAGUAAAGAUUAGUAUUUGUUCACAUGAAGAACACUGCUGAAAUUCUUAAUCCUGUAACCUUGACCAUUACCAUCUGUUAUUUGUUAAAUGUUGAUAUUUGAAUACAAUGUAUAUAAAAGAUAUUUAUACUAGGUGUCAUAUGAUCAUUGUAUCUAUAUAUAGAUUAGAGCAGGCGUGGUAUAUCAUAGCAAAUUAUAACAAGAGUCGUAUCAUCAUUUUUUUUUCAAAAAAAAAUCGUUAAUUGUUUCUCGUUAGUCAUUCUCUGUCUCAGUGUAAGGAGUGAGUAUAACUAUUUGAUCCUUGCUUUGUUUAUCAGUAAAAGAUUGUGCUUGGGAAAACGAAUGACUGUUUCGUUUUUCUUACAUAUAUGAUGAAUUUUACCGAGACUGGAUUCGGUAUAAUAUAUGAACGGUUUAAGAAAUUUGUUACAUAUAUUGUGAAAUCACAUUCCUGUUAUGGAAAAUAUUGCCAUAUGAAUGAUAGGAGAAAGUUUGCAGGCAAAAUUGUAUCGAAAACAAUUACUGUAGCUAAAAAUAAACUACAUGUAAGAAAUAUUCCUAACCUUUAGCCUGCUGGUGGCAUAUGAUUUUUCCUUUGCGGCCAGCGCAGACCCUAAGUCCAUGCAGGCUGAUCAUGGUCUGCGCUGUUCACUGUUCAGUCUGUAAAUUUUCAGUGAACACCCCUUCAAGUAAUAAAUGGUACUGCCCAAAUUGAAUGAUAGACCGGUCUAUUUUAGAAAUUUAGCAGGGUAAAGGUUAAGCAGGUAAUUUUGAAGUGAAAAUGGUGUUUGUUCAUGGAUAUUCUUUUUAGAAGUAGUACAGUGAAUAUAAUGAUUAGAAAAUAUAAACAAAAUUGUUAAAGGAGAUAAAUUUAUUUGGGCAGUUAAAAUCUUAUUCAAUCACUGUCCCAUUUAAUAUGAAACCGAUUUUCAGGUUUUGCAAUACAACUGAUGUUUGUUGGUGUAUAAUUUGAGAUUUUCUUAUAGUUACAAGAUUAAAGGAAAGAAGUUCAAAUGCUUUUUGCAGCUCAUGUAGAACAGUAAUUACUAUUGUUGGUGAGUCAUAGAGUUUCUUGAAUGGUUUAUUUGUCUUUCUUUCUUUCCAGUUACUUUAGUCAGUAGUUCAGCUUGUUAUGUAUGUCAACAGACUGAUAGGACUGAAAAAAUAGAGCCAAGUUGUCAUAUUUCAAACUCUGUUUUAUAAUUUAAGGUAAUUGGCAUUUUGGCUUGAAACGAAUUCAGAUUUAGUUUAAGGUAUUAGAUACCUAAUAGUGUACCUCCAGUUGAAGAGUAUUCAAUUCCUACCAUAAACCUACUUUUGACUUAAAUUUUUCGAGGGGGCAUAGGUUAUGCAAAAUUUAUUUUUAGAAGAAAAACAGCACGGUAAAAGUUGUUUAAAAAUUGCAACACAGUGCAAAACAAGGUCAACUUUAAGAAUAUACCAAGCGAAUGCCAUUUUUUAAACAUUUCUAUUAGGUGUCUAAUACCUUAAGAUCUUUUAAGAAUAAACGGUGUAUCUGUUGUCAGAGUAAAAGUUUUAUGACAAACUACUAAGAUUGAAAAUUCAGUGCAUGAAAGUUUUAACAACAUAUUUUUAAACAGAGCAAAAUGGUAAAAAAACUUCUAUCAAUUUGCAGUGAAAUUGUUGUAAAAUUCCCAAAUGGUUAAUUGCUGAAUGAGCUUUUUUCGUAUUUGUUGUAAUCAAAGCACUUUGAUGAUUAAAAUUGAAAAAAAAAAGAUCAGUAGCAAUGUCUGAACAGAGAAGAUGAAAGUAAUGGAAGUAAUUAGGACAGAAUAUUUUUUAGAAAUCAACGAUACGGUAUUAAAGAGAUGUUACAAUUCUGAUUAAAAUUAUUCAGUAUUGCUUUGAGUAACGACCGUAACCCGAAUUGAUUAAUUGACAAGAUCGUAAUCUCUGUAUAAUAGAUGACAACUUGGCAUGUACGCAUGUGAAAUUGAAUAUAUGAUUUAAUUUUUCAGCUUGCUCAAUCUCUUUGUAUUAUCUUAUGAUCAUCCUAUAGACACCCUAAUUAUUUGUGUUGACAGACAUUAUGAAAAGUAAAGUAUUGAAUAUUA